ACGGUCAUGUUGAACUUGAGCCACAUUUCCACUUCUCAACUUUUGUCUCAACUUCUACUUUCUCUUCAGCAGAACGACUCAUAUUCCUUUCAAUCGACCUGCCAGUAUGGAUGCUAUGACCAUUGAUUACCCAAGAGAUCUUGUUAUAAACACGAGACAAGGACAACGUCGACUCCCCAACGAACUUCUCUUGAUUGUCAAGGAAUAUCUUCCAGACGACGAUCUAAGGACGCAUGUUUGUUUCUACCACACCUGUAGAGACACAGCAGGGUUCUAUGGCUCCGACGAAGAACAGGAACCGUUCUGGGAAAGUCUCUGCAAGCUGAAUGGCCUUUAUCGUACGGACGAGGAUAUGUCUCUCGGUCUGACAUGGCAGCAGAUUGCAUUUGAUUGCAUUGUACGAGAUGGUUUCUGUUCUCAUCCACAAUGCGGUCCAGCUUUACUUGAACAGAAUCGCCAUUGGAAGGAAGAAUCCACUCAAUGGCAAGUAUGGGACGAAGAUCUCCAAUGCUACCUAUCCAACAGGUUCCGCUCCAACACGAUCUUCCCCGCAGUCAGUCUCAACGAUGAACGUCGCUCUCCCCUAGCUACGUCGGCACUCGAAACGUUUUUGCGAUCUGGAGAAGAGGUGUCACGAAAGGGCAAAGAGGUAUCGAGGCAUAUCAAGCUGAAAGAACAUCCUAUCGCAUAUCGCAGCUCGGCUGUAUUCCCUCCCUGUCGGAAGUCAUUCCUCUCUUACAAACGUGAAUCCUGGGUUUUGCAUGAGGCGAAAUUGGAAGAUAGGCCUUUGACUGUGGCGCAUAUUCUAGAUUCGGUAUUGUCUGACCCUCAACUUGAUAAGGAGCUUACUGUAAAGGAACUGGAAGACGUACUCGCAGGCCAUGGUUCCUUCGUAUACUAUACUUUCGAGCGAUUCCAUGAAUUCUGUGAGCAAGAUCGGGAAGAUUAUCCAACGCUUCGACACUUGUGGGCAGAUAGGUGCGUCCUUUGCCUCACAUCUGAUUUGACGACUGACGUACAAACCGGCUGUAGUCGAUCUUUCGAUCUUGACUAUCUUGGAAAUAGGCAUACAUAUCCUCAGUUUCGGUUUCAUGUUAUGCCUAACUUUAGUGGACUAGAACUAGACUAGGGAGGUGCUGUUCGGUCAUGUUGACGUCUAAUGGUACCCUCAUCAAAUGCUACGAUAUUCUCUAUUGCUUCUGUCUUCAUCAACAUUCGCCAUACCUUCUUGCGAUCACUUCCAACAUGAUUUUUUGCCAUCAUAGCUUUAUUUUGUAUGCAAAGUGUUGUAGUAGCAAGUUGUGACAUGAUUGGACAUGAUCGCGAAGGUACUCAGCCUUCAGUUAUGAUUG